ACCAAUAUGUCUGCCAUUUCCGGGAAGGAGUGAAACAAGGAGAGGUAUGAAUGCGUUUCUUGAGAUUUUUUUCGCGGUGAAAAAGCAUUAAAAAAAAUCAUAAAUUACCGCUACAAACUUAAACUAAACUAUAAACAGCUCAGAAGCUCAACUCUACGCAUUCACUUUAAAGCCCAGACGGCGAUUUGUGACUGAACGAGGAAGUAAAAAGACCUGUCAAAGCUGGGAACGCGCGUGUAACAAACCAACAUGUCGGCUAUUUCCGAGGAGGAUUUAAACAGGAAGAGGUUUGAAUGCGACCCUCUGGCGGAUAAUGCGAUGGAAGAGGUAGCGAGAGUUCGCGGUGAAAAAGCAAUAAAAGGUCAUAACGUACUUAAGGCUGUCCAAGAUCUUGGAAGACUCUCUGAGGAUUCCCAUUGCGCGAGAUUUAUCGAAUUCUAUGAACAAGAACCUCCAUGGGAAGUUGAUUGGCAAAUGUUGGAGUUAGGAAGGCGGGUAUUUGUCCGAAACAGUGUCUUCGCCGGCCUUGUUCUCAUGUAUGGUAGUCUUAUUUCCUCAUUCACCGCUGCCUAUGGGAAUAAGGUACGUAUAUUAUUAUAGACUGUUUGAUCAGUGGUUGGAUAAUUUUGGUGUCAUAUUGGACACCAACAUAAUUAUGUUUUUGACACAUCGUAAAAUUUUUGUACACAUGUACGCUUUCCAAACACACAUAGAUAUCCGUCAGAGUGACCAUAGCAACGAACUCUAAAAACCACUGUUCUUCAACUAGACGUCAGUGACACGACUAAUAAUUUUAUCAUUUAUGUAUUUUUGUUUAAAUAUUAUAUAACAGGUGUUGUCAGCUACGGGACGCAUUUCCCCUAACGGAGAUGUUCGCCGAAGACUGUUUGAGACCCUUUUCUUUGUGAGGGCUGUUGUUCUUGGUUCGUCGAGUGAAAUUAAAGAGGCCUGCAUGAGGGUGCGUCUGCUCCAUGCUGCUGUACGCCGUCACCUUCUUCAUCGUGACGGAGGGUGGGAAAUUGAAAAUGUAGGUAUAAUCUAGUUAAAUUACCUUGUACCACCGAAAGAACUUGACUGCGUUUUGUUGUUGUUGAUGAACAACACGUGAUCCUUUCAAGGAAAUCUAAAUCAUGCUCACUCUUAGCCCUUUCACCUCUAAGAACUUAGUAGUAAUUCUCCUUACUGUCUGUCAAACAACUCAUACGAUGUUAGCUGGAGAAUUUGGUAUUGGAUCAGUUACUAGUAAUGAUACCCUAAUUGAUAAUUUUCUUUAGUCUCAAUACUUCUUUGCCUUAAUUUGUCUUUUUCUCCAGUUUGGAUGUCCAAUCAACCAAGAGGAUUUAGCUGGUACAUUGUCUACAUUUUCAUCUGUUGUAGUUGAUGGAUUAGAAAUUCUUGGUGUUUCUUUGUCAAAAACUGAAAAGGAUGCUUACCAAAAUUUGUGGAAAUAUGUUGGUUUUUAUAUGGGUAAGUAAGCACAGAGAGUGAUUGGGCCAUAAUUUAAGAAGUGAAAUUGUUGCAGUUGAGUUUCGCAAAGUACCCUUGUAUGUAUGCCGUCACAUCACAAGUGUCUACAUGGUAUAAAAAGUUGUCUUGAAAUAUUACCAGAAGCAUAUAAUCUUGGUUAUAUGCUUCUAGUGGUUGAGAAAAAUUAACACACAUUUCUUCCUUUGGCACGUUAACUCCCAGAAGUGAUUAACAGGUAACUUCGCCCUAUAAUAUCCAUUCAUUAUCUAGCAAACAGGAUUACUUAAAUUUAUCUGGUGGAACUUGUUAUCUUGAUCUAACACCAUAACAGGAAAAUGUACAGCUGUUAGAGGGGAGAAUUAACAAUCAGAUCUUGGGAGUUUAGGGUUUUGAAAAAAAUUCUGACUAAGAUAAAGGUUACAACCAUUUAAGCAUUCUUUUCUUGAGGGAUGACAAAUUUGUUGAAAAAUUUGCAAUUUCAUUGAAUUCAACUAUUUCCUUAGCAUAAAUGUAAAUACAUUAUAGUGUAAAUAUAAGUCAUCAAAGCUAAUAUAAAUACUGUCUGCUCUUUGAAACAAGCACCUUUGAGAAUGGCUCUUGAAGGUUCUGUCUGCCAGAUGUGUUUGCUGUAAGAAGAGACAUGGGUAUAAAGUAGUAAUGAUUCAGAGCAUGUACCCUAAGAGUUAGUGUUGUCUAUUCUAGGAAUGACAAGUGAUUUACUAUGUGACAACUAUGAAGAAGAAUGGAAACUGUGCAAUAUGAUAAGAGUGCGACAGUGCAAACCAGACCCUGAUUCAGUGGUGUUGACUGAGGCACUUUUACAGGAAUUUGCGAGCAAAAAUCCCUUUUAUCUCAGUUACAAUUUCUCAAGCAGUUUAUCAAGACACUUCAUUGGAGAUGAUCUGGCAGAUGAGCUUGGCCUUUCAAGAUUUAACAUGCUCAGUCAAGUUAUUAUGAAUUUGUUAUACUGGAUUCUCAGAACAUCAUGUUUCACUCAAAGGAGAGUUUCUUUUCUUGAGCAUGGACUGUAUAAAUUUGGAAAGUAUGCCCUGAAUACAAUAGUUCACCUCUCCUUAGGAGGCAGGGAACCUUCUUUCAUCAUGAAGGUGUAUUCUUGAGCAGGUAUCAUUCAGUUUACAUCUGUUCAUCAGAGCUAGAGAUCUGGUUCAUGAACACAGAUCCACUUUUAGUUAGUAGUUAUCUUAGUGGGAUCCUAGGACAAUGAUUCCUUUUGAGUUGAUUUUGGUCCCUUUAACACGUUAAAGGCUAAGCUCUUGGAGAACUGAUUUAGAAAUGAAGGAGAACUGAAGGAAACAUGGCCAGUAUUUUUAAUUAUAAAAUAAUUCAAAUAGUACACGCUCUGAUUGGCCAUAAAACCAUUUUACAUGAGCGUAUGUAAACACGGUUUUCGUUCCUCUUUCAUUAGUUAUUUUAUAAAAGAAAUGUAAAAUGGUUUCCAUGUUUACAUAGCCUGAUGUAAACACUUGGGAGGUUGGGAGAACACUUGAUAAGCUGGAAACCACUCCGCUUAGCAUUGUGGUUUCCUACACUUAUCUUGUGUUCUCCCAACCUCGUGCAUGUUUACAUCAGGCUAUGUAAACAUGGAAACCAUUUUACAUUUCUUCAUUGUUUCAUCAAAUUCAGCCCCAAGAAAUGGCCAAUUGAAGACAAUCUUAUCUCUUAUGUGAAAUUACUGUCCUUUAAGGUUUCACUGCUUAUUCAAGGAUAAAAUUUUCUCACAGUUAAACUGAGUGACAUUAUUUUAUCUGAAGUUAGGACAAAAAGCAAACCAAGACUUUUAAACCAGUCUGAGUUUAAAUGCUUUGCUUUGUAUAUAGCAAACUUGUCCUCCUGCUGGUUGGGAUUUUUAAACACAGUAUGUCUAUUUAGAAUUUUUGUUUCCAAUUUAUUUUUUGUGGCCCUGAAAUGCUUCAUUGGGGGAAGGUCAAUUAAGUACACAUAUAGUGUUGUACAUUGUAAAUGCAUCCAUCACUAUUGCAAUCAAGAAACAGUUUAAUCAAAACUCACUGUGGUGGGUCAUACAAUGUAUGAGGUGAUCUUUUCACAUAAAUUAUACAGUUUUAAGUAGAGAUGGCCCAUAAAAAAGAUAGUUUUGCAACAAACUUUAUUGUUAUAUUUCAUAUGCAGAUUACUUAGUACAAACAAACAAUAAGUAUUUUUUAAUGCCAAAAAAAUAACUCUUACACAUGUUCGAGACAUUGCU